AUGUUCAGUGCUUGGAAUCGCCGGGACCGGCCCCCUGAGGAGGGGGCAGCUGCAGAGCUCCAGGGCUUCGCUGUGGACAAGACCUUCUUCUCCUCUCUCAAAGGCAUCCUGCUGGAAACUGAGCUGGCCCUGACCUUCAUCAUCUUCAUCUGCUUCACGGCCUCUAUCUCCGCCUAUAUGGCCGCGGCAUUGCUGGAGUUCCUCAUCACGCUCACUUUCCUCUUCUUCUACGCCACCCAGUACUACCAGCGCUUCGACCAGCUUAACUGGCCCUGUCUGGACUUCCUCCGCUGCCUCAGUGCCAUCAUCAUCUUCCUCGUGGUCUCCUUUGCUGCUGUGACCUCCAGGGAAGGGGCUGCCAUUGCUGCUUUCGUGUUUGGUAUCAUCCUGGUAUCGGUCUUUGCCUAUGAUGCCUUCAAGAUCUAUCGGACUGAGAUGGCACCCAGAGCCACCCAGGGUCUACAGAGGCAUGUGUCCAAGAAGUCAGUGGGGAUGUAUCUGUGGAGCCUGGUGCCCUGA